UGACUCAACCACCCGCUCUCUCCCUCCGUAUCUCUCUCCCUUUCCUAUCUUUGAGUCUUUGUCAGAGCCCCUUUCUCAACCUCAAGCCCUCAUCACACAAAACUUUUCCGACCACAGAGCCCCUCUCCCUCACACUAUAAUUAUAGCACACUGUCAUCCCACAAUUAACACACACACACAUAGAAGUAAAAACUCUCAGGCUAGACCCACCAUAUAAAAGACAGUCAGACAGACCGCUAAUAGAAAGAGUGAGAAAGGUUCUGAGGCUUGAGAGUGGAUUCAUACAGUGUUUUGAAUAAGGACGGCGCAAAAUUACUUCAUUUAUAAACUCAGUGCUCACUGUAUCACUUCAAAGCUCUGACGGAUAUCGAUUUGAGGCAAAGAAACUGUCUAAACACCAAUGAGUGCGACCAACUCUUCUGCCUAUCGAUCGGAGCGCAGUUUCCACCAGACAUCCUCCUCAUCUUCAUCCUCAACCUCAACAAACCCAUACAUGGAGAAGAGCCGGGGACUCUUCGCUGAGGACUUUGGAUCUUUCAUGUGCCCUAAAGAUGCUUUGGGAUUUCCAAACAGAACAGGGACAGCUGGAAACAUCAAGACUCUGGGAGACACAUACCAAUUCACAGUGGAUGUCCGAGACUUCUCACCUGAGGAUGUGAUAGUCACCACCUCAAACAAUCAGAUUGAAGUUCAUGCUGAAAAGCUUGCUACUGAUGGAACAGUGAUAAACACUUUUACCCAUAAAUGCCAGCUACCUGAGGAUGUAGACCCCACCUCCGUGAAGUCAAGUUUAGGGGCUGAUGGGACUCUCACUAUAAAAGCACAGAGAAACACUGCAAAACUGGAGCACGCACAGACGUUCCGCACAGAGAUCAAAAUUUAGAUCUUUCCUCUCCUGCUGUAUCUGUUUUCCUGUGAUAAAUGACCUUGAUAAUAGUUACUUAGUCCUGCUUUGUCAUUCCUCCAUGACCUUCUCUCAUUACUUCUCAUUAGACUUGGGUGGAAUUUAAUCCUGUCACAUGUAUUCGAAACAUUUAAGACAAAUGCACUGCUAAUGUCAAUUUAUACAAAUGUUUGAAGUUCAUGUAGCUUGAAUGCUGCUGUCAUGAAAUCAACAGGAGGACAAACCAAAUACUAAAAUAUUUUUAAAAAAGUUAACUUUUCCCUCAAACAUUUUGCUGAGAAUAUAAUUUGAAAUGCAUUGAAAAUCAUUUUUAGGAGUAGUUGUCUAAGACUUUUGGAGCUUGUUGUAUGACAAACUAUCAGAAGAGAAACCUAUUCAUUGAACUGAUUGUUAUUGUUAUCAAAAGGUAUAUUUUCUAACUGUAAAACUGUAUUGUGUUGGGUGAUUUAAACACUAUUUUAGAAGAUAAUAAAACCAGAACACCUUUGAUGAGUA